CAUUGAGUUUUUGCAUUAUGGCUUCGACCUCUGCUGCAUCUGCUUCUGCAUCAGCGUCUGCAUCGUCGCCGCUGCCGUCGGUGUCGGACAACCACAACUUCCCCGGCACUGAGGAGGCCGUUCUCGGCUUCUGGAAGUCGAUCAACGCGUUCGAGACGUCGCUCAAGCUGUCGGAAGGGCGCAAACCGUACACGUUCUACGACGGCCCGCCGUUCGCCACGGGCAAGCCGCACUACGGCCACAUCCUCGCAGGCACCAUCAAGGACAUCGUGACACGCUGGGCGCACCAAACUGGUCACUACGUCGAGCGCCGCUUCGGUUGGGAUACGCACGGCCUCCCCAUCGAGUUCGAAAUCGACAAGGCCUUCAACAUCAACUCACCGCAGGACGUGGAAAAGAUGGGCAUUGCCAACUACAAUGAAAAGUGCCGAAAUAUCGUCAUGACGUUCGCCAAGGAGUGGGAGACGACCGUCAACCGCAUGGGCCGAUGGAUUGACUUCCAGAACGACUACAAGACCAUGUACCCGUCGUUCAUGGAGUCGGUCUGGUGGGUCUUCUCGCAGCUGUUCGACAAGGACCUUGUCUACCGCGGCUACAAGGUCAUGCCCUUCUCCACGGGCUGCGCAACGCCGCUGUCCAACUUUGAGGCUGGCCAGAACUACCGCGACGUCAGCGACCCGGCCAUCAUGAUCACCUUCCCCCUCGUCGACCAACCCGAGGUGUCGCUGGUCGCGUGGACAACCACCCCCUGGACCCUUCCCAGCAACCUUGCGCUCUGCGUCAACCCCGAGCUCGAGUACGUCAAGGUCAAGGACACUGCCAGCGGCAAGAUUUACAUUCUCGCCACCGACCGUCUCGUGGCGCUCUACCCCAAGGGCAAGGAGAGUGGCGACGCACACGGCAAGGCGCCCACCAAGGCCGCCACCGGUGCUGCUGCCGGCAAGGCCAAGGGCAAGGAGAAGAAGCAGCAAAAGCGCGACGAUGCCAAGACUGGCGCCAGCAGCAGCGAUGCUGCUGACUCUGCCGCCGUCAAGGAAGAGACUCCCGCUGCUGCUGCUGCGGCAGAACCUGCUGCUGCUGCCGCAGAGACUGUUGCCGCCGCUCCCGCCGCCCCUUACGAAAUCCUCGAACGCUUCAAGGGUGCCACGCUGAAGGGCCUGCGCUACACACCCUUGUUCCCUUACUUUGCAUCGCGCCCCGGCGCCUUUGUCGUCACCACCGACCCUUACGUUACCAACGACUCUGGUACCGGCGUUGUCCACUCUGCGCCCGGCUUUGGCGAGGACGAUUACCGCGUCUGCGUCGCCCAUGGCAUUGUCAACCGCGACGAGGCCGUGCCGUGCCCGAUUGACGAGAAGGGCUGCUUCACGUCCGAGGUGACGGACUUUGUUGGCAAGUACGUCAAGGACGCCGACAAGGACGUCAUCAAGCACAUCAAGGACCUCGGCCGCCUGGUCAACGUUGCCUCGAUCGUGCACAGCUACCCCUUCUGCUGGCGCUCCAACACGCCCCUCAUCUACCGCGCCGUUGGCUCGUGGUUUGUGCGCGUCGAGUCGCUCAUCCCUCGCCUGCUCGCCAACAACGCGCAGACGUACUGGGUUCCCGACGUCGUCAAGGAGAAGCGCUUUGCCAACUGGCUGGCGAACGCCCGCGACUGGUCCAUCUCGCGCAACCGCUACUGGGGCACCCCGAUCCCGCUCUGGGUCUCGGACGACGGCAAGGAGGUUGUUCGCAUUUCGUCCAUCCAGGAGCUGCACGAGCUCUCUGGCGUUCUCGUGACGGACUUGCACCGCGAGUUCCUCGACGACAUCACCAUCCCCUCCAAGCAAGGCAAGGGCGUGCUCAGGCGCACCAAGGAGGUCUUUGACUGCUGGUUUGAGAGCGGCAGCAUGCCGUACGCGCAAGUCCACUACCCCUUCGAGCGCAAGGACACCUUCCAGCAGUCCUUCCCCGCCGACUUUAUCGCCGAGGGUCUUGACCAGACUCGCGGCUGGUUCUAUACGCUGCUCGUCAUCUCGACCGCUCUGUUCGACAAGCCCCCGUUCAAGAACCUCAUUGUGAACGGUCUCGUCCUUGCGGCGGACGGCCAGAAAAUGUCCAAGAGCAAGAAGAACUACCCCGACCCUUCGUUGGUCAUUGACAACUAUGGCGCCGACGCUCUUCGCCUGUACCUGAUCAACUCGCCCGUCGUGCGCGCCGAGGAGGUCAAGUUCAAGGAGGCUGGUGUCAAGGACGUCAUCAAGGAUGUGCUCCUCCCCUGGUACAAUGCCUUCCGCUUCUGCCUGCAGAACGUGGACCGCCUGAAGAAGGAGGACGGCAUCGACUUUACCUUUGAUCUGAAGGCGGAAAACCCCACCACCAACUUGAUGGACAAGUGGAUUCUUGCCUACACGCAGUCCCUCAUCACGUUUGUCAAGCAAGAGAUGGCCGCCUACCGCCUGUACACGGUCGUGCCGCGCCUCCUGGCAUACAUUGACAACCUCACCAACUGGUAUGUCCGCUUCAACCGUCGCCGUGUCAAGGGCGAGGCUGGAUUGGAGGAAUGCAAGAACUCGCUCGGCGCGCUCUUUGAGGUCCUGUUCACCACCGUGACGCUCAUGGCCCCGUUCACCCCGUUCAUUGCCGAGUACAUGUACCAAAACCUGCUGCCGCUGCUCACCAACCUCGACCCCAACGAGGACCGUCGCUCGGUUCAUUUCACCAUGAUUCCCGAGCCCAAGACGGGCUAUGCCAACGCCGACAUUGAGCGUGUUGUUGCUCGCAUGCAGUCCGUUAUCGAGAUGGUUCGCGUGGUUCGUGAUCGUCGCAACCUUCCAGUCAAGUACCCGCUGAGCGAGAUGACCCUUGUGCACAGCGACAAGCAGGUGCUCGAUGACGUUCGCCUGGUUGAGUCGUACUUGCUGGAGGAGUUGAACGUCAAGACGCUCGUCACGUCCUCCGACAUUGCCAAGUACGGCGUCAAGUUGAACGCUGCCAUCAACAUGGAGCUUGGUGCCAAGCUGCGCGGCGACCUGCCUGUUGUCCAGAAGGCGAUUGCAGCGCUGUCGGCUGACGACAUUGAAAAGUUCAAGAAGGAGGGCACCAUCACUGUUGCCGGCUUUGCUCUUUCUGGCACCGAUUUGAAGAUUUCUUAUUCGUGCACUGCACCCGCCGACCACGAGGCAAAUACCAACGGCGACAUUCUCGUCCUCGUCAACGUCGUGUCGGACUCUGGCAUGAAGGAGGAGGGCCUCGCUCGUGAGAUUAUCAACCGUGUCCAGCGUCUGCGCAAGAAGGGCAAGCUCAUUGCCACGGACAACGUCGACGUCUACUACCAAGUCACCAAGGAGGAUGCCGAGACGCUGUUGACCCAAGUUGUUGUCAGCCAAGCGGAUUUCCUGGCCACCAACCUCAAGCUUGUCCUCAAGCCACACACUGCCCUUCCCGCUGGUGUUGCCAUGCUUGUUGAAGAGGAGAGCGAAAUCAAGUCUGCCAGCCUCAAGCUGUGGAUUUCCAGCCCUCACGCGUGAUUGCAGCUGUCUGUGAAACGCGGAAUUGCAAUUUGAGGAAUCUGGGGCGGGGCGUGAAUUAUUUGGCCUUUUGCACCUGCUUUUGCUUUGGCGCACAACUGUGUGUUCGCAUUACUACCAAAUAUUACUGUACGACGAUUUGAAAGAUCCAUGAAACAAAC